AUCGGACGGCCGUCAGAUUGACAUCUGACGGCGAGAUGCUCUUAUUGCGCCUAUGGCCGCCGGUUGCUUGUGUCGCCACGGCCACAGCCGUUUUGGUUUGUCUCCAAUGAUCCAAUCUCGAAUGUCGUCUGCCUCUACGCCCACGCCCACGGCCGUGGCGCGGCCGGCCGGGAGGUACGCCGUGUACGUCGCGGCCGUGCCGCUGAGGGGCCCUCAGGGUCCGGCCCAGGCCCUGAUGUCUUCGGCCUACUCGCUGGGUCUGUGGGACCUUCAGCACUUCAUGGUGCUCCUCCGGCCCGACCCUGCCCGAACCCGAACCCAGGUGCAGGAGCCGGAGCCGUCGUUGGUGUUCGAUUUCCAGCCUCUCGACCCGGAGGAUGCUCUCGCCGCCUUCUCCGUGCUCUCGCGGAGCAAAAUACCGGGGGUGGUUCGGAGGAGAACGCUGCGGCGGAUCCCUGACAGGAGGAGCUGGUUCGUCGGCCUCAGCGACGGCGGCGCCGCCGACGCCGCCGAGAGGUUCAGCGAGCGAUGGCCGACCGACCUGGUCGUCGGGAACCACGACUGCCGAGACUACACCAACGGUUGGCAGCCACAAUUGCCGCUUUACUUACACAACAUUGCUGCCAUCUCUUCUUUUCAUCAUCUCAAUCUUUUCUUUCUCUGUGUGUGUGCGCGCAUGAUCUCCUUCGCAAGGGCUGGUGGAAGUCUUGACAGGACAAAAACGCGUCCUCGACUCGCUGAGAUCAGCAGGCCGCCAAUGAGGCCGCGCCAUCAUGGGAUAUAUGAGGAUUCCGACUGCUCACGCUCAUCUGUGAAUUCUUCUAAUCCUAGACCAAGAAAACGUACUGCCUGCAACUACUAAUGAAACGCAUCAGCCUUCUCGGACAAAGGUGUGGCAUAAAUAAGAAAUGCACUUUGAGGAAUUCCUCGGCUGGAGCUUGAAGCAAAAGUAGAAAAACUAAUCAAUGUAACCAGGUGCUGGUUGCUGAGUAUCUGGUAAUUUGCUGUCAGUAGUUCUUUUACACAUAUUAAUUUGCUAUCAGUAGUAAUUGAAGCAAAAUGUUUACUAACAAAAUGGAGGAAGCAAUAUCCAGUAGCACUUGGAUUAUAUCAUAUGGCUUCAGCAAACAAACACAAAUUUCUUCUGGAUUCUGUUUUCGAAAUGUGUUCCUAAAUGAGAGACGUUUUUGCAGUUUCAAUUGAACUGAUUUAAGCUGCAAAAACGGCUUACAUUUAGAAACACAGGGUGCAAUUUCUUAUAUUCUUCUCCAUUAGAAGUGGCAACUAUACAACAUCACCCACGACAAUGAAAGCUCAAGCUUUUUGUGCAUCUACCUGCUGACCCUAAGACCCAAUGCCUUCCAAACAAUGGCAAGUUGGUGUCUCAGGACAUGAUGAGCAAGUGCCAUCGUUGGCUGUCCACCAUUGGGCUCUGGCCCCACCUUCAGUUUCAAGAAACAACUAGUAGCACUGAAAUGCUGAUUGGCGUUUGCCGACUAGUUUGGACAUGAUGACAGAGACAAAAGGAAUGUAUCUGGGGGCUGACUAUCUCCAUUCUUCUUUCUCUCAAGUCUGACAACAGGAGGCUUAUCGAGAUCUCGUCAAAUCGGAGGUCACAACUCACCAACCUAACAAGACAAGGUGAUCUGCUGGGACAUUUCAUCCAUGAUGGAUGGAUGGAUGGAUGUGCGGUGCCCCUACCUACCCUGGGACUGCACCUUAUCAACAAGGUAGCAACUCAAGCCCUGCGCAGGCAAUCGAUUAGCGUUGUGCCUGCCUACAACAGUGGAGGCAGACCCCAGUGUGUAAUUAGCUGGCCACCCAAAUACCGAAACCUAAUCUGCACCGUGCUUUUACUUUCUGUCUGUAGCCAGCUGCAGAAUUCCAGCAUCUUUUCGGUAAUCUUUCAGCUGCACAAUCUAAUUAAGCUAGCGCUACUUUGACUUGUGCUUGAAUAUAGAUUAAUCAUGGUUGUGCAGUAUUAAUUCA